AUGGGGGAAACCAAUCCACAAAUUGAAGCCGAUAGGCGUCUUCUAAAAUUUGAAGCUUACGAAGAUUAUUUGGAUUCGAUGGUCACAGUUUACGAUAAAUGCUUGCUUCCGAACAGAUUAGUAGCAAGACACAUAGCAGAGUUGGGAUAUAGAACUUGUGGAGAAACUCUAAGCAGAGAACAAUUUGAAAAAAGACGAGCAGCUGUUAUCAACUAUUUACAUCCUCCCUACAAACCUUAUAGUAUGGCUAGUACUGGUUUAUUGUUAGGAGAUCCAGCACAAAGAGAAUUGGCUUUGAGAGAACGACCUAACAGGAUUGGAAUACUAGCAACAAUCAUCUUCCUGAGGCACUCGAAUUGUGCGGGAUCAGAGAUAUCUGGUUACAUCGAUUACGCUGAUCAGCUGAAAAGGAGGGAUUGGAAUCAGUUCUUCAAGAGACAGAUGCUCAUUCUUCCGAAUGCUCAGGACCUCGGAUACUACCAUUGGAAAACCAAUCAGACCACAACAAAUGAUUCGGAAAAUUACAAGGUUAUGGCAACAACAGAAAAGGGUUUGCAAUUCCAGAACAGGUUCGACAGAAAAGUAAUAACAGUAGAUCCAUGCAGCGAACCAGGACACAAUACAACAAGGAAAAGGGUACCAUCGAAAAUGUACACCCAUUUCAUUGUUUUUGAUCAUAUAGUCCGGCAAAGAAUAUGAAAAAGAAUAUUUAUU